AUGGUUUCUGAAGGUCAUGGGUGUGAGACGGCGACUCUUAAAGUCCUAAAUGAUAUCCUAAAGGCCGUUGACUCCAGACAGUACUGUGCUGCCAUUUUCAUCGAUCUUGCCAAAGCCUUCGACUCCAUGACUGUCCUUCCUCUGUUCGACUACGGUGAUACCUUCUACCGCUCGGCUUGUAAAGGAGUUCCCGAUCAUUUAGACGUUCUGUAUCACUCCGCUAUCCGCUUCGCCUCCAAUGAUCACAUCACUGUGAUCUGCCUGGCCAGCGUCCACGGAGGAAUCUCCACCCAGGGCUGGUUUAUCGGCCUGAUGUGCGCCAUCGCUCUCCUCACGCUCAUUGUGCUGAUCGCCUGCUUUGUCAACAGAAAUAAAGGAGGGAAAUAUUCCGUGAAAGAGAAAGAGGACCUUCACCCAGACGUGGAGUCCCAGGGCAUGAAUGACGACACAUUCUGUGAAUACAGUGACAACGACGAGAAGCCACUGAAGGGCAGCCAGCACUCGCUGAGCAGAGAGAUCAAAGCGGGGGACAGCGGGGACAGCCUGGUGGACUACGGAGACGAGGACGUCCAGUUCAACGAGGAUGGGUCCUUCAUCGGAGAGUACGCCGGGCGAAAGGAGAAGAGGGUGUCCGCCGAGAUCAAAGCCUCCACUCAGACCCCGGCGUGAGGAGCGGUACUUCCAAAUCCCCCCCGUACGGACAUUGAAACCUGCAGGGAGGAACCAGAGCAGACAGACAUUAUCCACCGAGCACAGAGUGUUGUGUCAAUCGUAAUGCGUCAUUACUGCCACCCUCAUUUUAUACAGCUCCGUUUUGUCAAGUUGCAACAGAGUGACCAUUACUAAAUGCUGUGUAUAUAGAGUGUAUAUUGUACGUCCUUUUUUUAUAAUUAUUAUUUCACACAAAAAGUUUAGAGGGCUUGGAUUUUCUUUUCUUUUUUAUCUGCAUUACGCACUGUUUGUACAAAUGUUAGGAAACUCUGUGACACAUCGUGUUAUGGAGAUGGUAUAUCUUGUAGCAGGCCACAGAUACGUGGGAAUAUCAAGUUGAUAUUUGUUUUUCAAUUGGAGCAUAAUACUGACAUUUUAUAUUUGAAAUUGAUUCAUUAAAUAUGAUUUAAGAUGUGUAUAAAGGUUGCUUAUUAACUUAUUCUAUCUCCGGUGGUUUUGUACCUGAGGAAAUAACAAGGAACGUUCCAUAUCAUAAACAGUGAGUCAUGCUCCCUGUGAUGUUAAAAUAAAAUGUAGCUAUUAUUUCUUGUUUAGCAUUUAAAUGGACCGAUCAGUCUGUUCUUACCAUAAGGCCCUGCACACUGCUAUUACAGAUAUGGAAGAGAUAUACAAAUAUUCUAAACGAGUAAACAUUUGCAUUAAUCGGAUUAUAAAAAAUUGAUGUAUAAUCCAGUCACCUUUUUAACAGAAUUUGUAUUAAAAGUACAACUGUAGUUGAAUCCAGUUUGUAGAAAAACAAUUUUACAAUGGUACUUUAGCCAAUUGCGAAUAUUUUAAAUAAAAUUGCUCUUUGAUUUAGUCUUUAGAGGAAAUGUUUGACACUUUGGGAAAUAGGCUUAUUACUGUUUGAGAAUGUUUGUACGUUAAAUUUGAAGCUACAGCUAGCAGCCUGUUAGCUUGAAGCUACAGCUAGCAGCCUGUAGGUUGAAGCUACAGCUAGCAGCCUGUUAGCUUGAAGCUACAGCUAGCAGCCUGUUAGCUUGAAGCUACAGCUAGCAGCCUGUUAGCUUGAAGCUACAGCUAGCAGCCUGUUAGCUUGAAGCUACAGCUAGCAGCCUGUUAGCUUGAAGCUACAGCUAGCAGCCAGUUAGCUUAGCAAACGGUGUUGGUCCCAAAGGUUACAAAGCCAGUCUACGAAUGAUCUAAAACAUUAUUAAACUUGCCCAACAACAUCAAACUAAUCCUUUUAAAGAAGUUAUGAUGUGAUUUGUAAUUGUACUUUCAUAGUGUUUCAUAAUGUUUGAGGACUUGUUCAUUUAUAAACAUAACGGAAACAGUCCAUAGUUUGGGUCGAGCUUCAAAAGAUUUGUCAAUACAUUUGAGACUGCAGGUUAGCUUCGCUUAACAUAAAGUUAUUGAUCCAAAUUAUGAAUGAUACAUUUUCAAAAACGUCAAACUUUUCCUUUAAAGUAGUAGUUAUGUGAUUCAUAAUUGUAAUUCCAUAGUGUUUCAUAACCAUUUGGGAACUUGUGCUUUUAAAAAUAUAGUGGAUAAAAUGCAAACACCCCCUUGAUAAACGUCAACAAUGCCAUAUCCUACACGUCCCACUCUUUCUUCCAUUAGAAAUAUGCUCUGAGAUGCCCAAUUCUCUUUCCAUUGCCAUGACAAAUAAGUGCCCAUUUAAGAAGAAAAUACAUAACACCUGUGAUGCAUUUGAGACUUCUCUUGUAAUCUGGUUAUAUGGUAUUAUAUAUACCCUGUGGAGAUAAUAGACACAGUUUAGUUCCUAACACGCCUUACUCUGUUCCUUUCAAUAUACUGCCAUUCAAAACCCAAGCUUCAUGUGGUUCAGCAUUAACAUUAGCACCAUGAUCUGAAAAUUGCAAUGUUUUGUAAAAAAAAAUUCAGCCAUUGCAUGUUAAAAAUGUUAAUUGGUGUUUUCGAUGUCAUUAAAUUGCUUUACUUUCUUA